AUGGACAUCGCGCGUUGGGGUUUAGCAGUCACACGGGACGAACGUUUACACUCUCUGGAGAUCUGUCCGGAACAGGAGGGAAACCGUUUAGAGCAAAUCGGACACUGGAGACCGGCACCUGUGAACGCGAUCACAAUAGUCGUCACGGUGUACGACAACGGACUAAAGCUGCGUUCGGACGAGACAGUGCCGGGCUUUAGCUCGGCAUCGCCCUGGCCAACGCUUGAACUAGAAUGGGGCCGCAAGUUGUACCCAUCUUCGGUUCCUCGCGGGGCUGGAGGGAUGAUGUUUGGCCUUCCACCGACUGGAGCCGACAUGAAUCAACCCCGUGGCCCGAUGACUUCACUCAAGGAGGAACCCCUAGGAGCUCGCGCCUGGAUGCAACCGGCCGUCGACACCUCAAACCUGGGGAUUGGUCGAGCUCACUUCGAGAAGCAGCCCCCGAGCAAUCUGAGGAAAUCUAACUUUUUCCACUUCGUGGUGGCGCUGUACGACCGGGCCGGGCAGCCAAUCGAAAUCGAGCGGACGGCGUUCAUCGGGUUCAUCGAGAAGGAUCAGGAGUCCGACAGCACAAAGACGAAUAAUGGCAUCCAGUAUCGGUUACAGCUUUUAUACGCAAAUGGAGCUCGCCAGGAGCAGGAUAUCUUCGUGCGGCUCAUCGAUUCGGUAACGAAACAGGCCAUUGUGUACGAAGGCCAGGACAAGAAUCCGGAAAUGUGCAGGGUGCUACUAACACACGAAGUGAUGUGCAGCCGAUGCUGUGACAAGAAGAGCUGUGGUAAUCGCAACGAAACACCGUCAGAUCCUGUGAUUAUAGACCGAUUUUUCCUUAAAUUCUUCCUCAAGUGCAACCAGAACUGCUUGAAGAAUGCCGGCAAUCCACGGGACAUGCGACGGUUUCAAGUAGUGAUAGCGACCCAGGUCGCGGUGGACGGCCCUCUGCUGGCGAUCUCCGACAACAUGUUCGUGCACAACAACAGCAAACACGGGCGCCGGGCGAAACGACUCGAUCCCGAAGGUACGGGAAGUUCUCCGUUGGCCAUUUCCGGCCAUCCGCUGGCCCCGGACAGUACGUACGACGGCAUCUAUCCACCGCUACCAAUGGCAACUCCCUGUAUCAAGGCGAUCAGCCCUAGCGAAGGUUGGACGACCGGCGGUGCGCAGGUAAUCAUAGUGGGAGAUAACUUCUUCGACGGGCUACAGGUGGUUUUCGGCACCAUGCUGGUGUGGAGUGAGUUGAUAACGUCUCACGCAAUUCGGGUGCAGACUCCUCCCCGGCAUAUACCAGGUGUGGUAGAAGUCACGUUGUCCUACAAGAGCAAACAGUUCUGCAAGGGAUCGCCUGGUCGAUUCGUGUAUGUUUCGUUAAGUGAACCAACCAUCGACUACGGUUUCCAGCGAUUACAGAAGCUAAUUCCCCGGCAUCCAGGCGAUCCGGAGAAACUCCCAAAGGAGAUUAUCUUGAAGCGGGCGGCAGACCUCGCGGAAGCGCUCUACUCCAUGCCCCGCUCUCCGAAUGGUUCCUCCGGCUUCAAUUCCUACAGCGGACAGCUAGCAGUGAGCGUUCAAGAUGGCACCGGCCAGUGGGCAGAAGCUGAUGAAUAUACUCGAGCUCAGAGCAGCAGCGUGAGUCCCCGGGGAGGAUACUGUAGUAGCGCGUCAACUCCACAUUCCUCUGGCGGAGGCUCGUACGGAAGCAGCAAUGGAUACGCAACGGCAUCCAACAUGAGCGGGCUAACCUCGUCGCCCGCCAGUGUCUUCAACUCUUCGUCAAGAAUCAACGGACUGAUGAGUGGCGGCAGUGGCUUCAGCCCCUACUCAAUGACCACGUGUGGAUCCCAAGGUUACACGCCGAGCCCCCUGGCUGCGGCCAGUACGACAUCCAAGUAAACCUAAGCCAACAUCUGCGUGAAGAUAUGCGUCGUUAAUUGUUAUUUUAAAGACACUAUCCCCUGUAAGAUACUCAUUCCCUGCUUUUUGAUUUCUCAUAUAUUUAUUACCCAAAAUUUUCCCCGUUUUCUGUUUAAUGUGCAAUAUAACAUAACUUCCUGCAGUCACCGAACUGUAAGGACACUGUAAACAUUGUAAAAAGUCAGUUAAUUAAAGUAAUAAAAAAAGCAGAAGAAGCUUUAUAGUUAAAAUUUUGCGAUUUCUAAUGGAAAAAAGUCAACGAAGUAAUUAAAAAAACGAUAGUAAAAUACAUUAUUCAAAACAUAUCUUUGAGAAACAAAAGUCGAACAUUUCAUCCAAUCAUAUCUACAUGUGUCAGUAAGAGUUAUUAAACGAAACAAUCCCUAAUAAAACAAAUAGUUGUUAAUCUCGAUCACCCAAUCAAGAAGCAAACAUCAAAACAAGCAAAUAUUUAGAGAUGGAAGUAAAUCUGCGAAACAUCAUUCUAAAAUAAACGAAAAACUUUUGCUGCAAUCAACGAACCCCUAAAGCAGUUGGCGCUUAAUUUGUAUACGAUACCACGACCGCUGGAAACCCACACCCACACAGAAAAGCUCAUGAAACAUUUCAAUAUUCUUUCCUUUCGCUUUUUGCUCUCGUUGCCAAAGCUCCUUUGAAUGGUUAAACUUUCAAGCAGCUGCGUACUUUUAGUUGAGUAGCUUUUGGGCGCAAUUGUUUCAUCUCGUUGAUCUCAAUCGAAAGGGCAAUCACGCUCACGUGGAAGAAACUUUUUUAACUUUUAGGUAAUUAUGUAGCUCAGUUUGUCACAAAUUCGGUUAAUACAGAAUUUUUGGAAUUUCAUGACAGGCACAUCCAUUUUUGGAACAAGAUAGGAAUUAAAUUGUUUGCAAAAGUCAUAGAACGGUUUGGUCAAAUAUAGCAGUACUUGUAGGAAACGAGGAAACUGAAUCAACUGAUUUUAUAUUUAUAUGAAACAGAGCAAAAGCAACGAUAUGAUCUGAAUAGGAAAUUAAUCAAUUUUACGGAUCAAACAAACCAACGCAUCGGGCGAUAGUCGAAAACACUUUCUUUUUCCCUGAUAAAGUAUGUAGAUAUAGAAAAUGAAGAGGAAUAUCCUCUGUGAACCAGUGGCAAUUAAAACAUGGCAGUAAAAAGAUAUGAUGAUGACUCAACAAAUAAGUUUCAGAUCAAAUAAAUAUUGGUGUGAAAAAUUA